UUGCUCAACAUCCUCGAGAGGUUGGAUACACUUGAUGCUAUCAGGACCUGCAUCCUCUCCAAGCGAAUGCAGAACCUGCUCCCUAUGCUCUCACAGAUCGUCAUUCUUCUCAGCCCACGUGAUUUGUUUCGAAUGAACGAUGUUGUGGCCGAUGUGACCAACAAGAUGCUGCGGACGAGGUCACCACACAUUACCAUUUUCAAGCUGAAGGUCAGAUUCAUAUUGAGGCUUGAUGACUGCCUGUCCAUUGGCAAAUCGGUUGCCUUGGCCAUGGCAACCCAGAAACUGGACGCGGCUGAGUUUGAGAUCUCGAACCAGAGAUGGUAUUGCACAAAAAGUGACCUCCGCUACUUUGCGAGGCAGUUCAACAAUUUCGUUUGUCAUUGUCCAGAUGCAUUCGCUGGUCUCACACGGCUACACCUGCAGAAAAUGAGUUUUCGUGAACCAGACAUGGCCAACAUCCUCAGCACUUGCAAGCGGUUGGAGUCGUUGUGUCUCUUCCGGUGCGACGCAGGGAUCCAUUCUGUGCUGAGAGUAGAACACGCUGCACUUGUCGAACUUGAUAUCACCUUUGGCGGAUUUACAACAGUGGAGCUCAAUUUUGUACCAAAGCUCCAAAAGUUGUCCUACGAUACUUGGACCUGUGAAGAUAAUCCGUUGGUUCUUGGUUUUGUCCCUCGGCUGUCGAAGCUAAGCCUCACCAAAGCAAGUACUUCAGACAGGAUCCUCGUGCUAAGCGAACUGCUUGCGGGUGCACCCUCCGUAAGGGAUAUGCACCUGGAUUUCCGAAGGUUGAAGAUUUGGGUUCGGCCAGAACGUCCGAGACUUGUUGCACCUGUGCUAGGCAAGCUACGGACCAUGAAUCUCGAGAAUCUUCGUGAUGGCUGCGAUAUCGCGUGGACGAUGUUCAUCCUUGAAGCUUCACCAUCCCUAGAGGAGUUGUGUGUCACGGUAUCUAGCCACAGGUGUCUAAUGGAGCGCACUCUCUCUGAGGAAACAGAUGUGAAGUGGGAGGCAUCUGCUCGUGAUCUGAAACACAAGAAUCUGGCCAAGCUAACCAUCCAUGGCUUUCAGCCCGAUGACAACUUCACGGGAUAUGUUCGGCGCAUCAUGAAAGCCGCGGUGAACAUCAAGGAGGUAUCGCUGCAUGACUGGAAAGUUUGCGAGAUGUGCAGUAACAAGAAAGUGCACCCCACGAAUUUUCGACUGUCGAUCUAUCCACGAACCAGCGAGGAGAAGGACUUUGUGAGGAGGAAGAUUUCAGAGGGCUUGAGGAUGGCUUCUCCUGCGGUGAUUCACUUCCGGCCCUCGUGCUAUGUUCCAUUUCGGAUCGAUGAAUGAAUCAUC